CACGGUUGUUCAGGGGACACGAACAGUGCAACCGGAUGUCCGUCACACGUGGAAAUUUUCUCAUUGCAUAAAUAAGCGAUUUGCUCGUAACUAUCAAUUUGAAUGUAGUCACUGGAAACCAGUCUAAAGGGAAGGAUAUUAUCUGGUGCCGUCACUUGAGUGUUUUAUUCUGGCCUUGGAAGCGCCCAUCAAACUUGUAGAGAUCUUUAGCGUGAGCUCGCUACCAUGUUCCUUCAGUUCUACCUUAACGAAAAUGGAGAGAGGGUGUACACGCUGAUGAAGGUGGACCUUCUGGGCCAGCCCACCAGCUCGGCCCAUCCGGCCCGGUUUUCCCCCGACGACAAGUUCUCUCGGCACCGAGUGACACUGAAGAAACGCUUCGGGCUCCUUCUCACUCAGCAACCAAGACCUGUACUCUAGUAGUCUAGUAAAUACAGUACUGUUCUAUGUAUUAGCACACUGUGCACACAUCCAUUUCUUUGAGUUAUAUUGAAUUAUGUGAUCAAACAUAAUCUGAUCUGACAUCACUUUGUAUUACUUUGAAUUGCACUGUUUAGGCAACUCGUUUUCUUUAAAAUGACAAUGAGUGAGUGAAUAAACAAAUGUUUUUGUUAAACAACC